AGGAGUAAUAAUUAUUAAAAAUACAUUAAUUUCUUUAUGAGCUUGUUCAAAAAAAAAUAACGGACUAAAAUAAUUGUUUAUUUUCACAGCAAUUGUCACAGUUGCAUUCAUUCCGUUACUCUUGAUCAGCUUCUACGACACAGCUUGGUACUGGAUGGAAGGUGACAUAGGAAAUAUGAUUCGUGUACUCAUUAUAACUGGACCAUUUGCAGGCAGUUUCUUCAAGAUGGGUCUGUGCUACAUGAAAAGACGAGAAGCGAAACACGUGCUUGACGAAAUCAAUCGAGACUACACCAUUUGCAAUAAUCUGCCUCCGCGAUACAGCGAUCUGAUUACGGAGUCCAUAGCUGAAGCUAAAACUUUUGAGUUUCGCUGGAGUAUUCUGUUAUUAAUUCCUUCUUUCAUAUUUAUAACAAGAGCUGCCUAUUUGACUGCAUAUAAUUAUAUCGUGAAUGGAGUACAGCAGAGAUACAUGUUCAACGAUUUGCCAAAUCCUUUUCGCCCACUUGAAGAAAGGUUUAACUCCCCAUAUUUCGAAUUCAUAGUAGCUUAUACAGGACUCAGUGGUAUUAUGUAUAUACUACAGUUCAUGGGAUAUGAAGGUUUAAUGGCAAUUAGUAUGAGCCACGCAUGUGUCAAGAUGCGACUCUUUUGUGCAGCGUUGGAAGAUGCGUGCCGUACAGAAGAUCCAAAAACGAGGAUGCGAUACAUAGAUGCAGUUCGGCAGACCUUCGAAAUAUGGAUGAGUUUGAUAAGUUCAGCUUCAAUUAUGGAAAUGUGCAUUUGUAUGUACUAUGUCACGCAGGGCUUUGGAUUUGACGCAAGAUACGUUUCAUACUCGCUUGCUAUCGUUCUUUACAUGUUUACGUUAUGCCAUUAUGCUGGUAAAAUCAAGAAUAUGGCUGCUGAUGUCCCAACAUUAAUCUAUAGCUGUGGAUGGGAGAAGAUUUAUGACAAAUCUGUUAGGAACAUUAUUGUUUUCAUGAUAGCAAGAUGGCAAUUUCCCGUUAAUAUGACUAUAUUUAAUGUAAUGGACUUCGAUAUGGAAUUAUUUGUUUUCAUUGUCAAGACCGCGUACUCGUUCUUCACACUACUUAUUAAUAAUAAAUAAAUAGAUUUUAUCACUUAUUUUAUAAUUAGUCCUACAUUUUUAAAACUAUUUAAAAAGUGC